AUGUCUUCUCUGAAACCACCUUCUGAUUUUGUAAAAGCAGUUCCUGCUUCUACAGCAAAGGAACACCAAAUCUUGGAGCCAACCGACUACACUUUAGACACAGAAUUUCUCUACUACUGUGCCAUUUUACAGGAAUCCAUACCAGCCAUACGAAAUCCGGGGCAUCAAGAGCUAGCCAACAAAUGGCUCACAAAGUUGUCGGAACCUUCACUGAACGUGAAAACCCUAAGGGACAAACGCAAUCGGUUCCUAAUGAAGCUGUGCAUUUGUUUGUACAGCGGAUCGCUUCAGCUGCCAUUCCUGGCAAUACCCGCUGGAAAGCUUCCGGAGCUAACAUCCAUUAAGAAACCUAAAUUCGAACCCCCAGCGUGGCAGAUCAGUACAAUCGAAUGGAAAGAGCAUCUGGCUCUGCUAGCGGAACUAACGAAAAAGUUGAAACUUCCUCCGAUUCGUAAGUGUCAAACGCACGCCAAGCAGUGCAGUGGCGGAAGGGAUGCUCGAGGAACUUUUCUCGACCGUCAGUUCGAGUUUUUCCUGUACCUUGCCCGAUCUUACAUGCGAUCGAUGACGGCCUAUCCGGAAAUUCGUAUGGCCGCUCGGUGGAUCGAAGCUCUCAGCCAGAUCGAUCGCAAUUGCUGUAUUCGGGCGAAAGGCAUCCGCAACGAUUAUGCACUGACACUGACCGGGUACCUAUUGCAGCAUCAAGUCCUGGGUCCGUUCGGAGUGCAACCGAUUCAUCCCCUGGAACCGUUGGUGGAUGCCGCCAGAAAAGUGGCAGGAAAUAAAGCAUUGAACCGGAUCGAUGAAAUUGGGAUCAACGAAGGGGGAGAUUUCCUGAGCAAUUUCCCGCUUCCUGAGGAGGGAGCUUUUGCGUACGUUUCACUCAGUUCGGAUCUGAUGCAUAAGAUGGGUGAAUUGAGUUCGUCCUGA